CAGGAAACGGUGCGACCUGACGUUAUCUCGAGCCACGCAAAGGCGGGUAUCUGUCAAACAUAUGCAUUAAUUAUAUUUAUAUUUCUACAAUUCCGUGUUUUAUUUAUCGUCGGCUCCGCUGCUGCAAGGCCCAAACUGUAAGCUGGUUGAUCUACAUGGCUGUUCACAUCAAUAUUAAACAAAUGGGCAUGUGACCAAGGACUAGGUUCUACAGCAUAUGAUCUGGACCAGUGGAAGAGGCCAAAAUCAAUCAGAGGUAAAUUAUUUCAAAGUGGUCGAUUGGGAGUGAACAGUCAUGACAACAAAGACAUCCCUGCUGAAAGUCAUUCUGCUGGGUGACGGUGGUGUAGGAAAAAGCUCCAUCAUGAAUCGAUAUGUCACCAACAAGUUUGAUGCGCACCUAUUCCACACCAUCGGUGUUGAGUUCCUCAACAAGGACCUGGAGGUAGAUGGCCACCAGGUUACCCUGCAGAUCUGGGACACUGCUGGCCAGGAGCGCUUCCGCAGCUUAAGAACUCCUUUCUAUCGUGGCUCUGACUGCUGCCUGCUCACCUUCAGUGUAGAUGACAACCAGAGUUUUCUCAACUUAUGCAAUUGGAAGAAGGAAUUCAUCUACUACGCAGAUGUCAAGGAGCCAGAAAAGUUCCCAUUUGUAGUCUUGGGCAACAAACUGGACGUGACAGAGAGGCAGGUGUCUGCUGAGGAGGCUCAGCGAUGGUGCCAGGAGAACGGCGACUAUCCCUAUUAUGAGACCAGUGCCAAGGAUGCCACCAAUGUAGCAGUGGCUUUUGAGGAAGCAGUGCGUAGAGUGUUGGCAAUGGAUGAAAGAACGGACCACCUCAUCCCCACAGACACAGUCAAGCUCCACAGAAAGCCUCGCUCUGCCACAACUUGCUGUUCAUAACGUCCAGGAGUUAUCACUAACCUUAAUUUGCUGUUAUGCCUGUAAUGUGAUGAGGCUGUAGGUGUACGAUGCUCUAGUAACAUCUUAUUUAAACAAAUUAUACUACUGGCUUUGUGAUUUCUUAUACUGUUGAAGGUUUGAUAAUGCUAAUAACUGGACUUAUGUGUAAAGAGAAAUGAAACACUAAAUUCAUCCCAGUCUAAGUACAAAUAAACAUGAACACGCUGAAUCACUCACUCAGCUAUGCCACAGUUCAAAGGUCAGGCUUUAAAAGGAUAGCAGAAAAACAGGCUAUAUUUUGUGUUAGCCCAGGAGUAGCUGUGGGGGAACUAAAAUAUGUUAUGACAGAACAGAGACAUUAUAUUUGAAAAGCUUCACUUACUGCUCAAAUUGUUAAAUGUUCCAUUCUAUCAUGAAGGCAAAUUAUAAUGUGACUCACUGAAACCAUUUUAGAUGUGUAGAUGGGAGUGUAUGUGUCCUAGGGUCCCUAAACAUUACUCCAGAGUGUGACCUACAGAUAAAGUGAUGACCUGUAUAUUUAUAUUUAGAAAAUACCUGGUAAAUUAUCAAAUUCAUACAACCCAAUAACCUUAUUUCUGAGAAUUAUACAGUAGCUAAUGCACUACUUUUUAUUAACUAACAAAUUGAGGCUUGUUGUUAUUAAUGCACCUUUAGGUUUUGUUUGUGCACAUUUUGCAUAGUAAAUAGAUUAUGGCUAUGUGCUUGAAGCACUGAGGGACAAGAUCCCUAACAGAAGAUAAAUAUUUAAGUGAAGUCAACAAGCAUGGCAUAUGGUGUACUUAAGUUUCUGGAAACUUUGGUAUUUUGUAAACUGUUUUUACCUUAAAAUCACUGAAUCAAACUACAGUAUUUCCUUAAAGGAUAUUAAAAGAAACAGUGGUCAGGAUUGAGUAAACUUGUUUUCUUCAUUGUUAGGCAUAUUGUUUUCAAUGAUUUUUAUCUUUAAAGCACUCCAUAAACAUUUUAUCCAAGCAGUUAAAUGUCCUUCCACACAACUCAGUGUUGAAAAUGGUGAGCCAUUCAUUUACCUUAACUCUUUCUCAUCCAGAUGUCAUCAGUUGUACUACUGGAAUGCCAAACAAUAAAUAAACCCCCUUGCGUAUUGUCUCUUGAAUCAUGUUCUGUAGCCUGAAAAGUCUUAGUUUAUUAUUCUAAGGUUUGAACUAAACUGAAACUUACAAUGCUACACACUGCAGUGAUAUAAUGCCAAAACUGGAAGAAAACACAAAAGUAACAAAUGUAAGUCAAAGCACAGGAUUGUCAACUAAUCUAAAUGUUUUAUUUAUUAUUGGUCGUGCUCUGGAGAUAAGUUGUGGUUUUUGAGCUUUAAAGUCUAAUUCUGAUAACAUACAGUAGCCAUAUACACAGCCCACUGCACGCACAAGAGUAAAACAAACUUUACCUGAGAUACUAGAUCAGAAGAGAAAAACUUUAUAGAAAAUCCACAUUUAUCUUACAUUUGUAAAACAGGAAAAGACAAA